AUGGCUGAGAUAUACGGUACCGGAAACCUUGCGCCCAUCCCAGAUGACCUCUCCAUCGUGCAGUUCAUGCUGGAUCACCAGCAUUCGACGCGUCCAGUGCCACCGAAUCAUCGACCCUGGUACAUUGAGGACGAGAGCGGCAGGAAAGUGGAAUAUGACGAGGUCAAAUUCCGCACGAACGCGCUGGCCAACGCCUUACAUUCAAAAUGGAAGCUUGUCUGCAUCUUCAGUCCGAACCACGUCGACUACCCAAUUGUGAUUUGGGCCGCGUUCCGCCUCGGUGCCGUCAUCACCGCUACGAACCCUUCGUACACGGCGGAGGAGCUCGUGCACUCACUGACGACGACCAAGGCAAAGCUACUCGUCGUGCAUCCCUGGAAUCUUAGCGUCGCGCUCGAGGCCGCCAAGAUCGCGAAGCUCCCCGCCGACCGGAUCGUCCUGCUGGAGUCACUUCCCGAGAAGGAGAAGGCUGCGGGAGCGCAGUUCGCGACGGUGCCGCAGCUCGUCGCUGAGGGUGCGAAGGCGAAGAAGGCGUUCACGGAAAGGAAGCUCAAGAAGGGUGAGGCGAAGACAAAGCUCGCGUUCUUGAGCUUCUCUAGCGGGACGACGGGGCUGCCGAAGGCUGUGAAAAUCCCGCAUUAUAGCGUGAUCUCGAAUGUCAUCCAGAUCGCGUCUUACUGCCAGGCGGACACCCUUCCACCCCACCAGCGGAAGAUAAGACCUGGGGAUGUCGGCAUCGCGGUUUUGCCGUUCUACCAUAUAUAUGGGAUCGUGGUCAUCAUGCACUUCGAGGCAUUCUACGGACAAACCGUAGUUGUCACGCCGAAGUUCGACUUCCUCGCGUUCCUGAACAGCAUCCAGCGUCAUCGCAUCAACUUCCUGACUGUCGUCCCGCCCAUGAUCGUCGCUCUCUGCAAGCACCCCGCCGUGAAGAAGUUCGACCUCAGCAGUCUGCACUUCGUUGCGAGCGGUGCGGCGCCGCUCUCCGCCGAGCUCACCCAGCAGCUCGCGAAGCUCUUCCCGAAGGUGCGGAUCGGCCAGGGCUACGGUAUGACCGAGACGAGCACGGUGAUCGCGUUCCCGCAGCGCGAGCAGCACGUCUGCACGCCCGGAAGCGCGGGCCGGCUGCUCCCCGGCGUUGUCAUCAAGGUCGUCCGCCCGGACGGGAGCCUUGCGCCCCGCGGCGAGACGGGCGAGUUCGUCGUCAAGAGCCCGUCAAACGCGCUCGGGUACCUCAACAACGAGAAAGCGACGAAGGAGACGUUCAGGGACGGAUGGGUCCACACUGGCGACGAGGUAUAUGUCAAUGAUGCGAACGAGCUGUUCGUCGUGGACCGUAUCAAGGAUUUGAUCAAGGUCAGGGGCUUCCAAGUCGCGCCUCCGGAGCUGGAGGGCCAUAUCCUCGAGCUCAAGGACGUGUCCGACGUCUGCAUCGUAGGCAAGCCAGACGAGUACAGUGGAGAGGUGCCCUACGCGUUCAUCGUCCCAAGCCCUGACGCGCAUGAGCGGAUCAAGAAGGACCCUGCGGAGGGAGACAAGAUCAAGGCUGCGGUCAUCAAGCAUGUGGCGGACAACAAGGUGCAUUUCAAGCGCCUCACGGGCGGCGUCGAGUUUAUCGACGUGAUUCCGCGUAACCCGAGUGGGAAGCUCCUGCGCAGGGUGCUGCGUGAUCGCUUGCGCGCCCAGCAGGCAACUAAGCCUAAGCUGUGA